AUGGACAUUUACAGCGACGUGAUCCUUGAGGACUACCUGCUGGUGGAAGAUGCACCUCUGCUUGAGGAGAUGGCUGAGGAGGAUGAAGAGCUUGACCUGUACAAUGAGAUGACUUUUGGGUUAGACCGAGACUCCACUGAGGAGGACGCUGCAAAAUCUCUGGUGCUUCUGGAGAUGAGCCCUGAGCUUAUCAAAGUGCUGGCUGAAGAGACUGAGGCUGGGGAGGAACUGGGGCCUGGAGUGGCUGAGCAGCUGAAGGAGCUGGGAGAACCCCAGGAGGAAGGUGGAAUGGAGCUGGAGGUUGAGCAGAUCAGCUCUGAGUUGGAGGAAGAGGAGGAGGAGGAGCUGGGAACUGAGGAUCAGGAGGAAGAUCAGGAGCCCAAUGACCUGGGAGACCCAGCAGUUAUGAGAGCUGUGCAGAGCAAACCCACACUGGAGAGCCAGGACUCAGCGGUGCUGGACAGCAGGAUUGGUGCUUGCUGGGCAGAGUUUGGUGAAGAGGACAUGCUGGCGACGGACCUGUCAGCGUGGGGUUCCUGCCCUGGCAGCAUCCCACCCCCCCACGUGCUGGAGGAUAAAGCCAUCCUCCAGGUGCUGGAGAGGCCCCCACCACCCACCAAUGUGGCCCUUGACUUCCUCAGCUCCCCCAUGCAGAGGGGCUACAGGGGCUCUCCCCGCCUCAAGCGCCCCGACUCAAGGCUUGUGUCCCCCAGGUCCUUCCCCCAGCGCUUUCUCCGGCAGCAGCCGCCGCUGGUGCCGCGCUCCCCCCGGCCCUUCGCGCUGCCUCGCGGACCCUCCCCGCUCUUUGCUUCCAACCAGACCACGGGGUAUGGAUCUCUGGCCCCUUUCCAGCCCGUGUCACCCACCACCAGCAGCCCCCCGCGGCCUCUCGCCAUGCACUUCGGGCCCGUGUCUCCCUCCUUGGACUCCGCUGUCUUCUUCAGCCCGUCAGCCAGCGGCCAGCUGAGCCUCAGCGCUCCCAGCCACAUGACCCAGCUGCACCCCCAGCACCAGCGGAUCCUGACCCAGCGGCAGCAGCAGGGUGGGCAGGCGCAGAGCAUCUCCCCCAAGAAGUCGUGGGGUCCUCCUAAAGUGGACCCUUACGCUGGGCUGAUGACCUCCAAGGAGAAGGACUGGGUCAUCAAGGUGGAGAUGAUCCAGCUGCAGAGCGAGAACAUGGAUGAUGACUACUACUACCAGACCUACUACCACCGGCUGGAGCACAAGCAGGCGGAGGAGGAGCUGUUGGGUGGGCGCAACAAGCAGGAGCCCCCCAAGCUGGUCACACCGUUCAUCCAGAAAGUGGAGACGUACGACUCUGGUGAGGGGCUGGGGCUGAGAAUGGGGCAGCUGGGGCGAGGGUGGUGCCUGGUGCCAGCUGUAACUGUUGUGCCUUCCUGUCCCCUCCUGAAGGCCACAGGGAGCCACCGGCUUCGAGCGCUGCACAAGAUUGAGAAGCUGUUCCUGCAGCUGCUGGAGGUGGAGGACAUGCAGCGGAAGAUGCCUCUGGCCUCGGAGGAGCAGCAGCCCAGCUGCCAGGAGCAGAAGAGCCAAGAAGUGGAUGGUAUCUACCAAGCCUUGAAAAUCAGGGCUUGCAGCAGAGAGGAGGAGGCUGAGGAUGAAUUCCUGCAACUCCUGAGUGUCCAGAAGGGCAAGAAGCUGCUGGCCCGGCUGCUGCCCCACCUGACCCGGGAGCAAGCAGAGCAAAUUCUGCUGACCAUCACCCACCACCUGCCCUUCCUCAUGAAGAAGGACACGCUGGAUGAGUCUCUCCCCCUGCUCUACAGCCCAUUGAAUGAGGUGGUGGGUGGGAUGACCUUCAGCAAAGUCAUCGAGGUCCUGCAGGAGAUGACCAGGCUGCUGCCCGAGUCCCCCGAGCUCCCCCUCGCUAUGGCCUUGAAGAACCAGUUCGGGAUCUCCUUGCUCUACUCCCUGCUGAGCCAUGGGGAAGGGCUGCUGUCCUCCGACCCCCCGCCGGAGCCGCGCAGUGGGGACUUCCAGACCUGGACAGACACGGUGUUCCUGGUUGCCCGGGAGCUGUCUCAAGUGCCCAAGGCCUUGCUGGUGGAGCCUCUCUCCUUGCCCAGCAACCUCCUCUCGCUCUUCUGCCGCUACCUGGACAAGCAGACAGUCCAUCACCUGGAGGCCAAGAUGGAGUGA